AAACUUUUUCGAGCGGAACGACUCGAAGCUUCUAAGUUUCUCCAUAUCAGGAGGCGGCAAAACUCGGCUUAAAACGGUCAUUGGACGUGCUCGGAUUUUUCGAAAUCAACACCAUUGAUUUCAAAAGAUCCCUUCUCCAUUCUGCUUCACUCCGUUCGUUGGGUUGGUGCACAUUCAUUUUACAACAUGAGCGCUACUUCUGCCGCAAUGCCAAAGGCCGCGGCUCUUCCCGCCCGUUUACUCCGGACUUCGCGACAAUACUCAAAGAGCCCAGCAACCAGCGUUCGACCAUCGGCUCAGACGCGGGCCUACCAUGUCUCACCAACCUCUUCAACUGAUAAACGGGUGCGAUGCGGUGGAUCCAAUAAGAAGCAAUCUGUGUUUCCCUCGUCAAGGAUAUUUCAUACUAGUGCCCCCCUUUCCGCUAUUGCCGACCCAUACAAAGUCCUAGGUGUGGAAAAAAAUGCGUCCGCGGGCGACAUCAAGAAGGCGUACUAUGGAAUGGCAAAGAAAUACCACCCGGACACGAACAAGGAACCGAAUGCCAAGGAAAAGUUCGCCGAGGCUCAGACAGCUUACGAGUUACUUUCCGAUCCCAAGAAGCGUGAAAAUUAUGACCGGUUUGGUUCGGCAGCGUUCGACCAGAACGGUGGUUUCGAUCCCAACGCAGCCGGUGGUAAUCCGUUUGCUGGCGCCGGUGGCUUCCACGGCUUUGGUGCUGGCUUUGGCGGUGGCUUCCCUGGCGGCUUUUCAGCAGAUAUCAAUUUUGAAGAUCUCUUCGGCGCUUUCACAGGUGGCGCACGUCGUUCCGGUCGAGGACGGCGGGGCCCGUUCCAAGAGAUUCUAGUAGGCGAAGAUAUUGAGGUCCAGACCAACAUCUCUUUUAUGGAAGCCGCAAAGGGUACAACGAAAGACAUAGUCAUCACGCCCCUGACUCCAUGUGGUACAUGUAACGGUGACGGUUUGAAGAAAGGCGCAAAGCGUACUCAGUGCCGUCAAUGCAAUGGCUCUGGUACUCGGGUGCAUUUCAUGCAGGGAGGCUUCCAGGUGGCAGCCACUUGUGAUGCCUGUGGGGGUGCAGGUCUUACUGUGCCGAGGGGCUCGGAGUGUGGCCCGUGCAAUGGCAAUGGCGUGGUUAGGGACAAGAAAACUGUCCAGGUUGACAUUCCAGGUGGUGUAGAGGAUGGCAUGCGCUUGCGAGUAAGCAAUGAGGGAGAUGCACCACCCACCGGAACCUCUGCCGCUCCUGGAUCUCGCACGCAACGAGGCGACCUUUACGUAUCCAUUCGGGUCGCUCCUGACCAACGAUUCAGCCGUUCCGGUUCUGAUAUUCUCUAUACGGCUCAGAUCCCCCUCACGACUGCCCUCCUGGGUGGUGAAGUCACCGUGCCAACCCUAGACGGAGAGGUUAAGAUCAAGGUUGCCACGGGUACUGGUACCGGCGAUAAGGUUACGCUGUCCGGAAUGGGUAUGAAAAAGCUCAGUGCUCGUUCGAGUCGCUUCAGCCCUACCGGCGACCUGAAGGUCGAAUUCAAGGUUGCCAUGCCGAAGUACUUAACAGGCAAUCAGCGGACUAUCCUUGAAGUCCUUGCGGAUGAGAUGGGUGACAAGACGGCCAAGCGUGUCAUGAAUAUUGACAAGGACGGCCCACCAUCUGGAACGGAUACUUCCGCCGGAAACCCCAAAAAUGAAGGUUUCCUCAAGUCCGCCUGGCACAGACUCGUGAAUAAUUGCGAGAACUCGGAAGAAUCGAGCAAGAAGGAAUCAGGCGACACCAAAAAGAACGACGGCGAAAAGAAGUCGAACUGAAAGGAGGUCCAGUGACACAUUUAUAUUUAAA